ACCCCGCCUCAUCAGGCUCCAACGACCAGACUCAUCUCUAAAAGCAUCACUCCAUCCACCACUGCCUAGUUAAUUGCUCCCGUAACCCAUCACUUACCAGCACACAAAAAUGGCAUCCACCACUGAUCGCGAGACCUUACCAUCCGAGUAGCUUAUCCUGAAUUUCCCACCUCACCCACCCAAGUUUGCUAACCUCCGAGCUAGUGUCAAGCCGGUCCACUAUGACCUGGAUUUGAUUAAACUCGACCUUAACGCAUUUACGUACGAUGGCCAGGUCAGGAUUUCCCUCGAGUUCAAGCACCAAGCUAGUUCUAUUUCCCUCAACUGCAAGGAAUUAAGUCUUCAUGGAGGGCGCCUUACUGUUGAUGGCUCGGAUGGUGGUAAGAAGCUCGCUGUAAUAGUCUUGUGGGCCAGGCGAGAGCUAAUAGUGUGCAGACAUCACUAUUUCCAAGAUCGAAUGUAACAAGAAGACCGAAGUAGCGAAACUUUCUCUUGAGAGACCAACCCCGAGAGGCGGAACGGGUGUUCUAGAAAUAAAUUUCUCGGGCUCUAUUAAUCAUGAGGUUGAUAGACCGCCUAUCCGCCGGAAGACGAAACGCUAACACAUGUUUUUAAGAUGGCCGGCUUCUAUCGAAGUGCAUACAAAAACGACGAAAGAAAAGAUGACUGGAUGUUUUCCACUCAGUUCGAGUCUUGUGACGCGCGGAGAGCUUUCCCUUGGUAUUCAUAAGCCAUUCGACCCACGGCAAUCUAAGUUUGCUAAUUGCACGACACCCGCUAGCUUCGAUGAACCAAACCUUAAAGCCACCUACGAUUUCUCCAUCACGAUUCCGGAGAAUUUCACUGCUCUAUCAAACCAGCCCGUGAAGGAAUCAAAACCUCUGGGCGAUGGUCUCAGGAAAGUUUCCUUUGAGCGGGUCCCGAAAAUGAGCACAUAUGUACGUUUCCACUACAAGUCCCUUUCCAAGGACAACUAAUGAGGUAUAGCUGCUUGCCUGGGCUUGUGGGGAGUUCGAAUAUGUGGAGGACUUCACAGACCGCGAAUACGAUGGAAGGGGAAAGCUGCCAGUGAGAGUUUAUACUACCAAAGGUCUGAAGGAACAGGGCCGUUUCGCUCUCCUCAAUGCGAAGAAGAUUGUUGAUUACUUUUCGGAGGCGAGUCUCGCACUUUCCCCUUUUCCUCCCACCUCUCAUUUGAGGCUAAUUUUCAGCUAUAGAUCUUCCGCAUCGACUAUCCUCUCCCCAAAGUCGAUCUUUUAGCAGUCCACGAAUUUGUAAUUAUGAGUUACCGUGUUUUAAUCUAGGCACGCUACUAAAUUGGUACUAACUGGUGUAACUCUCGCUAGUCACACGGCGCUAUGGAGAAUUGGGGUCUCAUCACUUACCGAACUACCGCUGUCCUAUUUGACGAGAAGACAUCUGACUCCCGUUAUAAAAACCGAGUUGCAUACGUUGUUGCACACGGUAAGGUCAUCUCCCUGCAAUUGAGGAAUUGAGGCAUCUGUCAGCCAACUAAAUUCACCAGAGCUUGCCCAUCAGUGGUUCGGAAACCUGGUUACUAUGGACUGGUGGUCAGAGCUAUGGCUAAACGAAGGGUAAGAUUCAACUACGAGGCACCAACCCCCACAGUCGCUUACACUAUUCAGGUUUGCCACUUGGGUUGGUUGGUACGCUAUUGAUCACUUCUAUCCUGGUUUGUACUCACCCAACCCAGAGAUGGUGAAAGGGAUAUUUUGUAGGAUACUUUCAUACUAACAGAAUCCCGACAGAGUGGGACGUUUGGGGCCAAUUCGUUGUACGUCGGGUUUCUAGAGGCAUGCAUUAUCACUCGUCAAACCCCACUAACAAGGAAUGUUGCUUAGACUCAAGAAUCCUUGCAAACAGCUUUCGCUCUUGACGGUCUUCGUGGUUCCCACCCUAUUGAGGUGCCCGUGAGGAAUGCUCUCGAUAUUGACCAGAUCUUUGACCAUAUUAGUUACCUCAAGGUACGUGCAACAGGUGGUCAAGGCAGUAGAAAGGGCUAACAAAGGAAUGAUAUAGGGAUCUGGUACUAUUCGUAUGCUCAGUAGCCAUCUUGGUGUCGAGACCUUCCUGUUGGGCGUUGCCAGGUACCUGAAAAAGCAUGCUUACGGAAAUGCUACAACCGUAGACCUGUGGGCUGCCCUUAGCGAAGAGGCAAAGACAGACGUUGCUACUUUUAUGGUGCUUUCCACCCUUAUAAAAUUCACAAAACAGUCGACUAAAUGAUGUAUGCAACAGAGCAACUGGAUUAAAUCUAUCGGUUUCCCUGUUCUCACAGUCACUGAAGAUUCUGGCCACAUUCUCCUUCAGCAAAAGAGAUUCCUAAGCACUGGGGAUGUGAAGCCUGAGGAAGACCAGACGACCUGGUGGGUGCCGCUAUUCUUGUCCGAGAAGUCCUUCGCCGCAGGAUCAGAGAGGAUUACGGCUCUCACAUCCAAAGAAGCGGUGAUUAAAGGGAUUAAUGCCAAUUGCUACAAGCUCAACAACAACCAGAACGGAUUCUACAGGGUAAACUACCCAGCAGAACGACUCGUGAAGCUAGGGGAGAUGAGAAAGCAACUCAGUGUAGCAGACAGAAUUGGACUAAUUGCUGAUGCUGCCGCCAUGGCACUUUCUGGUCUUGGUUCUACGACAGGCCUGUUAUCAUUUUUGGCCGCGCUUCAAGACGAAGAGAGUUACCUUGUUUGGGCGGAACUUAUUGAGCAGCUUGGGAAGUUGAGAUCAGUUUUCUCCGAGUGCUCACAGGAGAUCAGGGAUGGAUUAAAAAAGUUCACUCUCGACCUCGUCACACCUGCAGCUGAAAGGAUUGGAUGGGAUUACGGGGAAGGCGAGGAUUUCUUGACUGGGAGACUUCGUGCUCUUCUCAUUAGCGCUGCCGGGGGCUCUGGUCAUAGGGGGGUAAUCGCGGAAGCCCAACGCCGCUUCAAACUUUAUACCUCUGGCAAAGACAGGUCCGCUGUUCACCCUAAUCUUCGCCUUGCCGUCUUCCGCAUUGCUAUAGCCGAGGGUGGCCAGGAGGAAUACGAUGCCGUUUUGAACGAAUACCUCUCUACUUCUGCGGUUGAUGGCAAGGAGAUUUGUCUCUCUGCCCUCGGCCGAGUCCGAAAAUCCGAGUUAAUCCAACAGUUCCUUGAGUUGAUGAUGUCUGAUAAGAUCAAGACACAGGAUAAGCAUACUCCCGCUAUUUCCCUAUCGAACAAUGUUCAUGCACGCCAUGCUCUAUGGGAGUUCAUCAAGAAAAACUGGGGAAUUAUCUACCAGCAACUUUCCGGUAACAUGGUCGUUUUGGAUCGGUUCUUAAAGAAUAGUCUGAACAAGUUCGCAAGUUUGGAUGUGAAGGAGGACAUCGAGAAGUUCUUCGCCGAUAAGGAUACCCACGGAUACGAGAAAGGAUUGGCAAUCAUCGGUGACAGUAUUAGGAGCAAUGCAAACUGGGUCCAGAGAGACCAGGAGGAUGUUGGGAAAUGGGUCAAGGAGCAUGUCAAGGCUUAGGAAUAUUAGCCUUUUUCCGUCGGAUUCUGUCAAUCUAAAAAAUGAAAGAAACUUGUCAAAGUCACGAAUACUCACUCGCUCGGCUUCGCGAUGGUGACUUUUCAGAGACAUUAGUUACUGACACGUUGAUCUACAUAUGCUCCCGUAUAUAGUAGGAACGUAACUUAGACGUAUCGUUAUGGGGAAUGUGUAACAGGAUGUUGCCCUUGCGGUCAUGGAUAAGAGGGUUAGUGUAUCAACUGCCGGCCGGGGCACCAGCAGCGCCAGCGGCCAUGCGGCGUUAAUUCCAAACGAAGUAGUACAGGGGGUCCACCUCAAUUUACCAUCAUUGAUCUUUUACAAUAGCUUUUCCGGGCGGUCCGCAAGUUUGAAUGUUGCAGUACUUGAGUGCUUCAGGUUUGCGGAGUGCAGUAUAGUAAUGUUUUAAUGCUUUGCGGUAUGAUACCAUACUAUGUAUGUGCGCCUUAUCUAGAUUUUCUGAUACUGUUUUUCUAUAGCUAGUACAUGUGCAUAUACAUUGUAGGAUUCUUAGAACCGGCUUAUACGCCAAAAAUCCAAUCUCGAUGAAUAACCAACUUUGCAAGAUGCUCCAGGAAGCUCAAAAAAGAUGGGCUGAAAACUUACGGCGCAGAACGUGCUGAUAAAGGACGCGGGAGAGUCAACAUGGAAUGGACAGCCCCCGCCGAUGCCACACAUAGAAAUGCAUGCACAGGUAUGGUAUGACAUUAUCAUCAACAGUUACUGAAGGGUGUAUGAUAAAGGAAAGAAAUUCUCGCGGGGUGUGGUAAUAUCUGUGGUGGUUAUCCACAAGGGUUAGAUGGAGCCCCUCUCUCUUCAAUCAAAGUUCGGAGAGAUUUUGUGGACUUUUAAAAUGAGAAUUCAUUUUACAAGUAUUGUAUUCUCGCAUGCAGGCACUCUUGGCAAGCCAAAAGUGUGAAUACGCAUACCGGUAGCGGUACUGUACUCGAGUACGAGUACUUGUAGGGCCACAGUG